AUGGAGACGACGACAGCCGGAGUGACGAUCCAGGCACCACAGCUCGACAUCAAUACGGUGGCAGCUGGCGGCGGAUCGCGAUUAUUUUUCCGUAACGGCCUGUUCGUGGUGGGACCCGAAAGCACGUACAAGCGCGAAUUCGGGUUUGUUCUGGACACUCGUCAGGUACAGGUGGAUGAUAUACGGGUGCGUGGAAUCGGGAAAAGCGGAAUUGAGGGUGGACCACAGAGUACGAAACUGUACGAGCUAGGAAAGCUAAAAUCUGGACAUAUCGUCAAGGGCCCAGCAAUUAUUUUGGAUGCAAACAGCACGAUCGUCAUCGAGCCCGGCUGCACGGCGACGAUCACCGAGGAGGGAAAUGUCAAAAUACAAGUCGCUGAAGCUUACGAAAAAGAUUCCAGUACAAAGGUGGACCCGAUCCGUCUGUCCAUCUUCUCCAACCGGUUCAUGUCGAUCGCCGAGCAGAUGGGCAGAGUAUUGCAGCGGACAGCGAUAUCCACAAAUAUCAAGGAACGUCUCGAUUUCUCCUGUGCUCUUUUCGGGCCGGAUGGCGGGCUGAUCGCGAAUGCUCCGCAUAUUCCGGUGCAUUUGGGCGGCAUGCAGUACUCGGUGAAGUAUCAGAUCAAGACUCUCGGGAUAGACGGGAUCCACGAGGGCGACGUGUUCAUGCCAGGCAACAAAAACCCCGUGUUCUUCCUGGCCAACCGUGGUCACCACGCGGACAUUGGGGGUCUUGUCCCCGGCAGCAUGCCCCCCAACGCCACGGAGCUCCUGCAGGAGGGCGCCACGUUCGUCUCGUUCAAAAUUGUCGACCGUGGGAAUUUCCAAGAGGAGGAGCUGACAAAAAUGCUGAAUGCGCCCUCGAAAAUCAAGGGAUGUUCGGGUACUCGCCAGCUCAACGACAACAUUUCUGACUUGAAAGCACAGAUCGCGGCGAAUAACAAGGGAAUACAGCUAGUGCAGGGGCUGAUCGGGGAGUAUGGCUUAGAGGUCGUCCAAGCAUACAUGCAGCACAUACAAAAAACGGCCGAGGAGAGCGUCAGGGAGCUCUUGAAAAAGGUUGGCCAAAAAGUGCACGACGAAACCGGAAGCACCAGGCUGUCGUCGGAAGAUUUUAUGGAUGAUGGCACGAUACUGAAGCUGACGGUGGUGAUUGACAAGGAAAAGGGCGAAGCCGUAUUCGAUUUCGACGGCACGGGGCCCGAGUGCUUGUGGUCGACAAAUGCGCCGAAUGCAGUCACCCUGUCGGCCAUCACGUACUGUUUGCGUUGUCUGGUCGAUCGAGACAUUCCGUUGAAUAAUGGCUGCUUGGUGCCGGUGAAGAUUGUGAUCCCGCCCAACACAAUCCUAUCCCCGUCGGAGAAUGCCCCGGUCGUGGCCGGAAAUGUAUUGACAAGCCAACGAAUCUGUGACGUCGUCUUCAAGGCGUUCCAUGCCGUUGCGGCGAGUCAAGGCUGCAUGAACAACGUGACGUUCGGCGACAACGAGUUCGGGUACUACGAGACGAUCGCUGGAGGGGCCGGGGCGGGCGAAGGGUUCGAUGGGAGGAGUGGUGUCCACACGCAUAUGACAAACACCAGGAUUACGGAUCCAGAGAUCCUGGAAACGAGAUACCCGAUCAUCCUCCGGGAAUUCGGAUUGCGCCUCGAGUCUGGCGGUCGGGGUAAGUAUCGCGGAGGUGACGGUGUCAUCAGAAGGCUUCUCUUCCGCAAGGAGCUCCAGCUGUCCUUGCUGACCGAGAGGAGAACCUUUGCCCCCUAUGGCCUCUUCGGCGGGGAGCCGGGACGUCGUGGUCAGAAUUUGCUGCAUCGGAAGGGCCGCGUGCUGAACGUCGGCUCGAAGAUCACGAUUGAUGUACAGGCUGGGGACGAACUGGAGCUGCUAUCCCCGGAUUUCGACAGCGUGGACACGCUCUCAUCCUCCAGCGCCACGAGCAUCGCCUCCUUCGUUUCCUUCAAGGAAACGGCCUCGAAAACGGGCCGACCCGGGCUGUAUUCGGAAGGCUACUGCGCCCGAUGCACCCCUGAUGCCGGACUGAAGGACGUGCGAUACGAGUAUCGAGCGACCGUUUGUAAGGGAUGCGUACGUGCCCCGAAGAAAGCCCUCGAGAAGUUCAACGGCUCCCAUCGUAAAUGCACCUGCCAAGGCAAAGACAGGUGCACAUGGCGCCGCUGGAAACGGUUGGGCUACGAGGACCCCGAUGAGCGAGAGGGU